AGAUUUAAAUAGCAAUUUAAGUAGAUGUUAUGCAGAAAAUAUGACAUUUUGAUUAAUUUGUAAGUAUAAAGAAUUCAUAAAUGCGGUAUAAUCUUAAUAAUAUUUUCAUUAUUUCAUUACAAACAUGAAUCGGAAUAUGAAGAAAAAGAAAAUGCAAAUUUGAUUGAAAGCGAAAACUUCUUGCUUUUUUAAAACAGCAGUGAAAAAAUAUGUUUGCAUCGAUUGUUAACAGUGUUUACUGUGAAUAUAGAAAUUCAUGUGGAUACAUCGAAUGAAGAUUCAUAGUAAGCACACUAAAAGACUAAAUGAGUGUUCACUUCAUGAACUUAUGACAUGAGUGUUGGUGUUAACGAAGAUUUAGAAGAGCAACGUCCGCAGAAGCAAGGGUUGUGCCGAAGCCUCCGCCGCGACGCCCAUAUCAAGUGCCUCGUCCUGACCUUGCUUAUUUUAGGGUGCAUGGGAGCUCUGGUUUGGUGCCAGUGUGCCCGCGUCACGCGUCUCGUCGUUAACUUCCAUUCCUUUCCUAUUACUACCCGGAGGACGGCCAGCCCCUGUGAAGAGGGCUACGUCUUCAUUCCGGUUGCCUUUAUGGCCAUGCUCUACCUGGUAUACUUGGUAGAGUGUUGGCAUUGCACCACGAGGCUGGAACUCGCGUACAAAGUGGAUGCUGCUACAGUAUAUGAGCACAUCCAACAAAUGCGCGAGACUCAGCCUGUGAUCUGGUGGAAGGCGGUCUGUUACCACUAUGUCAGAAGGACGCGACACGUGACACGGUAUCGCAAUGGAGAUGCCUACACCACGACGCAGGUCUACUAUGAAAGGGUUAAUUCCCAUGGAUCUGGUGCGAGCUUCACAUACACGAAUUGCGGCGUCAAGGACAUCUCAAAAAAGCUGUUGGAUUUAGAGAAGCAUCCAGCCACAAAAAUCCGAUUCAGCAAGGGAUUCGCCUUCGCCAACCUGGAAGCUGCAAAUGAAUUCGACGAACAAAGAAGAAGGUUCUUCCAUGAAAACGAGAGACUAGACGACUAUAUGGAGAUGUGCGAAGGCUUAGAUCUCGUGGGAGUCAAUUUCCAGGAACAUAUGGUUGCUUUUGCUGAGCCCCACAGAUUACCUUGGUACGUCUCUCACAUGAUCUUCUGGAUCUUUAGUUUAGCAUUGCUUUCCUGGCCCCUGAGGGUGCUCAUUCAGUACAAGACUGCGUAUGUCCACUACCAGGUUAAUAAACUGUUUGGCGUCAACUACCUCACCCCGUCUAGUGAAGCACAAAUGAUAGGUCACAUGUCACGUGGUACUACAAUAGACAGUUCCGAAUUCGAAAGACAGAUUACAAACAAUAACACAAUAGCUCCUAGUUACUCAGAAUCACUGCUACUUCGAUCAUCGAGUUCAUUCAUGGAGAGGAAUCGUGUGCAGCACAUUGUACCAGAUCUCAAUCCACCUCCAAGUAGAUCAGCUUCCACCAGAAGAUUCUCCACAGGAAUCCCCGUGUCCAUCAGCAGAUCUUCUCUACAGAAUGGUAGAGUGGUGUAUUACGUGUCCCCCUUAGAAGAAGUGAAUAAUGAAAAUCACGUGACGAGACGUGAAAGGACUGGAGAUGACCCAUCAGAGAAUGCUGUUGUCCCUCCCCCGUCGUACGAUGAUGCCUUACGCCACUGCCGACCCUUAUUCCUACCUUUGAGGAGAUCUGUGACAGACAGAGACAUUCAGCGGAGGUUACCAUUGGUGUUUGUCCAUUAUCCCAAUCAGAGAGACACGAUACCACUGGGUGAGGAUAUUGAAGAGAAUGAACCAGAAACUGCAACAGAAACUAACACACCAGAAACUGCCACAGCCACCACUACUCCAGAAAUAGCCCAAACAAGUUUAUGACCAAUAAGGUUACCCGAUCCAAAACUCUUUAAAAGUUAAAAUAUCUUGUCAUUAUUUUAAGAAUGAAGCACUAGUAAGCAUCAUAAAUUUUUUAUUGUUUAUUGCAUCUCGUUUUAUAAGAGAUUCUGAAAUUAUUCAGUUUGAUUAACUAAAUCAUUUUUUAAUGCAGAUUAGUUCUUCUGGCUCUUUUAAAACAAAAACGGCUGUUCACUUCAAAACUUAAGAAUCGCAGCCUGCAUUAAAUUAGACUCCAUUACAUAAGAAUCCAAAACAUAGGAUAAUAUGAUAAAAAUUGAAUGUCUGAGAUAAAAAUCAAAAACUUGAAUGUAUAGGAUAAAAAUCA